AUGCACGCCACGGCAUCCGCCCUCGACUCGGCCGUGGACGAAAUCGACAUUCGAUAUGUCAGUGUGACCGGAGAGGGGAGUUUUCCUGUCACGGCUGGCACGCGAAUGCCGGUGACGAACUCGUUUGACAAUGCGCCUCAAUUCGACAUCCUCGUCAUCCCCGGCUCCUUCUCAGCGACCGCAAUGCCGGUAGAAGCUACCUCCUUCCUCACCUCGCAAUGUCUAAACCCCAAUCUCAUUGCCAUCAUGAGCAUAGCCUCGGGGAUCUAUCCCCUCGUCCAAACGGGCAUCUUACACGGCACACGAGCCGCAGCACCCAGAUCGCUACUCCCUAUGUUGCAGCAACAGUAUCCCGACACGCUGUGGCAGCAUGGCUCCUGGGCCCGCCACGAAAAAGUGUGGUCGAGCAACUCGGCCGUUUCGGCUCUCGAUAUGGUGUCGACGUGGAUGCGCGAGUACUUUUGGGAUAGGAGCGAGACGGUUGACUUUGCGCUUACGGCGGCGGGUAUGGGCUCGCUUUAUGACUAUAAUCACUGCGAUUAUUGA